CCUGAAGGCCUUGGGGUGAAACCCGCGCUCGGCUCUGGGAUGCCGCUGCCAUUAACCAGGAGUUUUUCCUCAGAUGAAGUUAUCCGCAAGCGACUUCUGAUCGAUGGCGAUGGUGCCGGUGACGACAGGCGGAUCAAUUUGUUGGGGAAGAGUUUCAUUAAGUGGCGUAAUUCCGGAUCUCAAGAGGAAGGUUACAGCCAGUACCAACGAAUGCUGAGUACUUUAUCUCAGUGUGAAUUUUCAAUGGGAAAAACUCUUCUGGUGUAUGAUAUGAACCUGAGAGAAAUGGAGAAUUAUGAAAAAAUCUAUAAGGAUAUAGAAAAUAGUAUAAGUGCAGCACAUGAGAAGAUUUCUGAAUGCAAAAAACAAAUCCUGCAAGCAAAAAGGAUUCGAAAAAAUCGGCAAGAAUAUGAUGCAUUGGCCAAAGUCAUCCAACACCAUCCAGACAGACAUGAAACACUGAAGCAGCUAGAAGCUUUGGGAAAAGAGCUUCAACAUCUUUCUCACAUUAAAGAAAAUGUUGAAGAUAAGUUGGAGUUGAGAAGAAAGCAGUUUCAUGUUCUGCUGAGCACCAUCCACGAGCUUCAGCAAACCCUGGAAAAUGAUGAAAAACUUUCAGAAGCUGAAGAAUCUCAAGAAACUCAGAUGGAAACGGAGACCAAACAGUAGAUGUAGUAUGAAGACUGACUGUACUAUUGAAGAAUAUCCAAGUGUCUUCACUUCGUGUUGAAACCAAUAGUAAGAGUCAGAACCGAAAAAUAAUUUUUACUGCUUCUGUGAAUUUUUAUACGAAAAUAAUUGUUUUGCUUAUGCUUCAGGGGAAAACAGCUACAGAUCUGUGCAGACAGACACUUUGUGUUAAUCCACAAAUUUUGUAAUUUGUGGCAAAUAUAUUUUGGUUUACAAAGGCUGAAUCUUCUGCACAGUACUUGUGAACUAAGGUGUUUGCAAAAAAUUGUCAAUAAAGGGUGUUUACAAAGAGUUUCCUAUUUUUAGUGGACAUUGAGCAAGGAGUAAGGGCUCCUUUUCUUACUUGACAUUGGACCGAGGGCAAUGCAUCUUUGCCAUGAGUCCCAAAUUCCAUACCCCCGUCCA